AUGCGCUUAUGGAUGACGAAAUCGUCCAGCGACCAGGCGGAGCGCCGCAUUUCGAUGGGGAUUGCCGGUGAAAGGCCCAACAGCCUUACUCGGCUGGUGCCCCCUUCGGCCGGCGUUGGCUGCGACGGCAUCAGUGGCGCUGGCUCUGCGACAGUGUCCUCCAGGACCAAACGUGAGCGGAGGAGUCCGGGGCUAGGGACGCUGGAUACGGCGGGCAAUGGUCCGCUGAAGGACUCGCAAAAAGCUGAACCGUUGCCGGGGGUGCCGGGGACAAUGCGAUUGCCCAAGCUGCUCGCCAUAGCAUCCGUCAGGGCGCUUGGCAUCCGGGUAGCAGGCAAGCUUGGCAACGGGCAUGGUACAGAGGAGCUUGGGCUGGCGAUCGAAGCGGCGCAGCGUGGUGCUUGCAGUCUUGAAAGGCGCUGCUGGCUGGGUGCUCCGGAUCGUGUCUUGCAAAGGGGUGUUUCAGGCGCUUGGCCUGCAUCGUUCACCGAGGCGCUGAGUGUGGCCAUGAGGUGGGAGGUCGGAAAGGGCCGGCCAGCAGGCGAACGAUCAUGUGGUGAUCCCGGACUUGAAGCUCCGCUCGUGGGCGAGCCCAAUUCGUUUGAGUAUUUCCUGGUGGUGCUGAUCGUGUCCAGCUUUGACUUCAGGGCUCGCCACAACGACGGGAGCUUUCCUGGUGCCUUGCUGCUGCUACUGCUGCCGUUGACGCUGCUGUCCGCGAGAGGAGACGAAUGA